AUGCUCAUCAUAUCGAUGCUUCCAGCCUACCAGAUGGGUUACCAUCUCUGGGAUAUCCACCCACUGAAGCUCUUCGGUUCGAUGAAAGCUGCCCAGAUGGGCAUGGCUACACAAGUGCUUUUCACACUCAUCACCACUUUCAUGAAAGUGGCUAUUCUCCUCACAUAUAUCCGCAUCUUCCCCGGGAAGCUGGACAGAUGGUUUUGUCGCUUGAUGAUCGGAUACACGGUAUCACUGAACAUUGCAUGCUUCUUUGUCAUCUUGUUCCAGUGCUCGCCGGCGAGCACGUACUGGGAAGUUUUCAAGUACUUCCACACUGCCAAGUGUCUCAACAUCAAGGCCAUCUACUACUUCCACGGAUCACAAAACACGCUUAGCGACUUUCUUAUCUUCUUGUGGCCCGCAAAAAACCUCCUCAGCGUACAAGUCUCGUUGCGCCAACGUCUGACGCUGACAAGCAUGUUUUCACUCGGUGUCAUUGUAUGUAUCGCUGGCGUCGUACGCAUGUAUUACACACAUCUUUACUUGGUAUCCUUUGAUGCCUACUGGUACGGAGCCUCAACCUUCAUCAUCAUGUCCGUCGAAAGCGGCGUCGGCGUCGCCUGCGGCUGUCUCCCCGGCUGCAAACCUCUCAUGAACAAACUCAUGCCCCGCGUCUUCGGCAACACAUCACAAGCCUCGCGACGACGCCCAUCCGGUCCCUUUGGCGCACCAAAAGCCAUGCCAUCCACCUCCUCGGCGGGAAUGUCAACACAGGGAUCAUACCGCAUGCAGCCUAUCCGGCCGGCGGGCGCCGCACUAUCUCCCGAGAAACGCGGCAGAGACAUAGAUGUGGAGAAACAGUUGCCUACCACACCGUUGCCGUCGCAUCAGAGCAUACGGCCACCGAAUCUAGCAGUUUUUGUCGGCUCAUCAUCUUCGGCCACGUGA